CCAGAAUAAACUUAGUAAUAUAUCAGGCUGGACUCUAGAAGGAAGACAUGGAUACAGCUCAGGCAGUAAUGACCCUUAACAACAAUAACAACAACAAUGGAAGAGGAGAAAAAGCAUUUUCGAAAUAGAGGACCCCAUGGUUUAGGUGAUCCUGAUGAUAAGUCAUUACGGAAAGUUGAAAUUGAAGUUUGCAUACCAAAAAAAAUGCGUGAUAUUGCACGAAGUGAGAAAUGUGCAACGGAAGUUGAAGAAUUUACAAAGUGCUGCAAGGAUUCAAGCUUUUCAAUGGUAGUCAAAUGUCGACCACAAAAUACUGCCCUCUGGGACUGCCUCACCAAGUGGUACAAUGAUGAGGGGUUUAAGGUUAGUAGUCAGUACUAUGUGUUCAUGUAG